AUGGUUUCUCAUCCUAUUACCCCUCCAAUGGAAUCCACAGGUGAUCUCAUGAUGACCUUGGAAACCCAUGACGGUGUCGCCUUACAAGGUUAUUCCUUUGGUGCUCCUGUUCCUGCUUCCGGUGAAGUUGUCUUCCAAACCGGUAUGGUUGGUUAUCCUGAAUCAAUCACUGAUCCUUCUUAUGAAGGUCAAAUUUUGGUCAUCACGUACCCUUUGGUUGGUAAUUAUGGUGUCCCCGAUUUGAGCUUGUUGGAUGAUGAUUAUUCUCCAGCAUUGCCCAAAUACUUUGAAUCCAACAGAAUUCACAUUGCUGGUUUGGUAGUUGCCCACUACACUGAAGAAUACUCUCACUACUUGGCUAAGUCUUCUUUGGGUCAAUGGUUAAAGAAGGAAGGUAUUCCUGCUAUCUACGGUGUUGAUACCAGAGCUUUAACCAAGAGAUUAAGAGAGAAGGGUUCCACGUUGGGUAGAUUGGCUUUGCAAAAGAACACUCUUUCCUCCUCUGAAAUCAUCACCAAGGGUGAAAACUGGACUCCUUACUUUGAUAUGCCAGAAUGGGAUGAUCCUAACGUCAAGAACUUGGUGGCAAAGGUUUCUACUUCCAAGCCAGUUUUGUACAAGCCUAAUGGUAACCUCAAAUUGGGUAAGAACGGUAAACCACUUAGAAUUGUUGCUGUUGAUGUUGGUAUGAAAUACAACCAAAUCAGAUGUUUUGUUAGACGUGGUGUCGAAUUGAAGGUUGUCCCAUGGGAUUAUGAUUUCGCCUCUGAAGAAUAUGAUGGUUUGUUCAUCUCCAACGGUCCCGGUGAUCCAUCUGUUAUGACUGAGACUGUCUCCAGAUUGUCUAAGGUUAUUGCCGAAGCCAAGACUCCUGUUUUCGGUAUUUGUUUGGGUCACCAAUUGAUGGCUAGAGCUACUGGUGCUCAAACCAUGAAGUUGAAGUUUGGUAACAGAGGCCAUAACAUUCCUUGUACUUCCACUAUUUCGGGUAGAUGUUACAUCACAUCCCAAAACCAUGGUUAUGCUGUUGAUAUCGACACCUUGACUGAUGGCUGGAAACCUUUGUUUGUCAAUGCUAAUGACAACUCUAACGAAGGUAUCUACCACACUUCCAAACCAUUGUUUUCUGUACAAUUCCACCCUGAGUCUACUCCUGGUCCAAGAGACACUGAAUUCCUUUUCGAUGUUUUCAUCAAUGCUGUUGCAGACUUCAACAAGUACGGUAUCCAUAAACCAAUCUCCUUCCCUGGUGGAUUGGUUGCUGAUAAUUUGGCUGCCCAUCCAAGAGUCGACGUUAAGAAGGUUUUGGUUUUGGGUUCCGGUGGGUUGUCUAUUGGUCAAGCUGGUGAGUUUGAUUACUCUGGUUCUCAAGCUAUCAAGGCUUUACAAGAAGAAGGUAUCUACACCAUUUUGAUCAACCCAAACAUUGCUACGAUUCAAACUUCCAAGGGUUUGGCUGAUAAGGUUUAUUUUUUGCCUGUCAACCCUGAUUUCGUCAGAAAGGUUAUCGAAUUCGAACGUCCGGAUGGUAUUUACUGUACUUUUGGUGGUCAAACUGCCUUGAGUGUUGGUAUUGCCUUGAAGGAUGAAUUUGAAAACUUGGGAGUCAAGGUCUUGGGUACUCCUAUCGAAACCGUUAUUACCACUGAAGAUAGAGAACUCUUCGCCAAUGCCAUGCUGGAAAUUAAUGAAAAGUGUGCUCAAUCUGAAGCCGUCAACAAUGUCGAAGAAGCUAUUACUGCUGCUAAUAACAUUGGUUACCCAUUGAUUAUCAGAGCUGCUUAUGCCUUGGGUGGUUUGGGUUCCGGAUUUGCUGAUAACGAAGAGGAAUUGGUUGCCUUGUGUAACAAGGCCUUUGCUACUUCUCCACAAGUGUUGGUUGAAAGGUCAAUGAAGGGUUGGAAGGAAGUUGAAUAUGAAGUUGUUCGUGAUGCCUUUGACAACUGUAUUACUGUUUGUAACAUGGAGAACUUUGAUCCAUUAGGUAUCCACACUGGUGAUUCCAUUGUUGUUGCUCCCUCUCAAACUUUGUCUGAUGAAGAUUACAACAUGUUGAGAACCACUGCUGUUAAUGUGAUCAGACAUUUGGGUGUUGUUGGUGAAUGUAACAUUCAAUAUGCCUUGAACCCAUUUUCCAAGGAAUAUUGUAUCAUUGAAGUUAAUGCCAGAUUAUCCCGUUCAUCUGCUUUGGCUUCUAAGGCUACUGGUUAUCCAUUAGCUUACACUGCCGCUAAGUUGGGUUUAAACAUUCCAUUAAAUGUAAUCAGAAACUCAGUCACCAAAUCUACUUCUGCUUGUUUCGAACCAUCAUUGGAUUACUGUGUGGUCAAGAUUCCAAGAUGGGAUUUGAAGAAGUUUACUCGUGUUUCCUCCCUUUUAUCAUCUUCCAUGAAGUCUGUUGGUGAAGUCAUGGCUAUUGGUAGAACUUUUGAAGAAGCCAUUCAAAAGGCUAUUAGAUCUACAGACUAUCAAAACUUAGGUUUCGGUGACACCCCAGCUUUGAUGAACAUUGACAGUGAAUUGCAAACUCCUUCCGAUCAACGUUUGUUUGCCAUAGCCAACGCUAUGGCUGAAGGUUACACUGUUGAUAAGAUUUGGAAGUUGACUAACAUUGACAAAUGGUUCUUGAACAAGUUGAUGGACAUCAUCAAGUUUGGUCAAUACGUUUCAUCAUUUGUUGAAAAGGAAAAGUUACCCACUACUGUUUUGAGACAAGCUAAACAAUUGGGCUUUGAUGAUAGACAAAUUGCCAAGUUUUUGAACUCCAAUGAAGUUGCCAUUAGAAGAUUAAGAAAGGAAAGAGGUGUGAUUCCAUUUGUUAAGCAAAUUGAUACUGUUGCUGCCGAGUUCCCUGCCUUCACCAACUACUUGUACUUGACUUAUAAUGCUGAUUCUUCAGAUGUUCACUUCAACGAUCACGGUAUCAUUGUCUUGGGUUCAGGUGUUUACAGAAUUGGUUCCUCUGUUGAAUUCGAUUGGUGUGCAGUUAGAGCCAUUAGAACCUUGAGAGAAAAUGGCUUGAAGACCAUUAUGAUCAAUUAUAACCCAGAAACCGUGUCCACUGAUUACGAUGAAGCUGACAGAUUGUACUUUGAAACCAUCAACUUGGAAAGAGUUUUAGAUAUUUACGAAUUGGAGCAAUCUAACGGUGUUAUCAUUUCUAUGGGUGGUCAAACUUCAAACAAUAUUGCCUUGACUUUACACCGUCAAAAUGUUAAGAUUAUGGGUACUUCUCCAGAAAUGAUUGACUCUGCUGAAAACAGAUACAAGUUCUCCAGAAUGUUGGAUAAGAUUGGUGUUGAUCAACCAGCUUGGAAGGAAUUGUCAUCCAUCAAGGAUGCUGAAGAGUUUGCUGAAAGAGUUUCAUACCCAGUUUUGGUUCGUCCUUCUUAUGUUUUAUCUGGUGCUGCUAUGAACACUGUCUACUCUAGAGAUGACUUGGCUUCUUACUUAUCCCAAGCUGUUGAAGUUUCUCCUGACUACCCAGUUGUUAUUACCAAGUACAUUGAAAAUGCUAAGGAAAUUGAAAUGGAUGCCGUUGCUAAGGAUGGUGAAAUGAUUAUGCACGUUGUCUCUGAACACGUUGAAAACGCUGGUGUUCAUUCUGGUGAUGCCACUUUGAUUGUUCCUCCUCAAGAUUUAGAUCCUCAAACUGUUAAGAGAAUCGUUGAAGCUACUGCUAAAAUCGGUAAGGCUUUGGAUAUUACGGGUCCUUACAACAUUCAAUUCAUUGCAAAGGAUAACGACAUCAAGGUUAUUGAAUGUAACGUCAGGGCCUCUAGAUCUUUCCCCUUUAUCUCUAAGGUUGUGGGUACUGAUUUGAUUGAAAUGGCCACCAAGGCUAUCAUGGACUUGCCCUUCACUCCUUACCCUGGUGAGAAAUUGCCUGAAGAAUAUUGUGCUGUUAAGGUUCCUCAAUUCUCCUUUUCUCGUUUGGCUGGUGCUGAUCCUGUUUUGGGUGUUGAAAUGGCUUCUACUGGUGAAGUUGCUACUUUUGGUAGAAACAAAUAUGAAGCUUAUUUGAAGUCUUUGAUUUCUACGGGGUUCAAAUUACCCAAGAAGAAUAUUUUAUUUUCUAUUGGUUCUUAUAAGGAAAAGCUUGAAUUGUUGCCUUCUAUUGCCAAGUUAUCUGAAAUGGGCUACAAGAUUUUUGCUACUGCUGGUACUGCUGAUUUUAUUAAAGAACACAACAUCCCAGUGCAUUACUUGGAAGUGUUGAGUAAGGAAGAAGACCAAAAAUCAGAAUACUCCUUGACUCAACAUUUGGCUAACAACUUGAUUGAUUUGUAUGUCAACUUGCCCUCCUCCAACCGAUUCCGUCGUCCUGCCUCUUUUAUGUCUAAGGGUUACCAAUCUCGUCGUAUGGCUGUGGAUUAUUCUAUUCCUUUGGUUACCAACGUUAAGUGUGCUAAGUUAUUGGUUGAAGCAAUUGCUAGACACAUCCCCUUGGAAGUGUCUAACAGAGAUGCUCAAACUUCUCAUGUCACAGCUACUUUACCUGGUUUGAUCAGUAUUGGUACUUUUGUCCCAACUCACAAUGACUUUGAAGCAAUCUCUAAGGAGGCUUUAACGUCCGGGUUCACUUUCAACUCAUUCUUACCUCAAACUACUGAUGGUUCUCGUAUUGUUGAUUUCAAUAGUUUAGUCAAUGUCAUUGAAUCUGCCGAACCAGACGCUUUUACUGAUUUCUCCUUUGCUAUUGCUGCUAACGAAACCAACGCUGAAGCUGUUGCUGAUGCUUCAGUUAAAGCUGCUGCCUUGUAUAUUCCAUUCAAUGAUUUUGCCAACUCCAAGGUGGGUGCCAUUUCUACUCAUUUCACUCACUGGCCGGUUCAAAAGCCAAUCAUCACUGAUGCUAAGGCUACUGAUUUGGCAUCCAUUUUGUUGCUUGCAUCUUUGCACAACAGAUCCAUUCACAUCACCGGAGUUUCUUCCAAGGAAGAUUUGGACUUGAUUUGUUUGGCUAAGGACAAGAACUUGUCAGUAACAUGCGAUGUUUCCAUUUACUCCUUGUUCUUAUCAAGAGAUGAAUUGAACUACUCCUUCUUACCCACCAAAAAUGACCAAAAUGCCUUAUGGGAAGGUUUAAAGUCUAUUGAUGCCUUCUCUAUUGGUGUUAUCCCCAGUUUGAUUGCUAAGGCUACCGGUAAACCCGUUACUCCUGGUUUGGGUCUUGCUGACACUAUUCCAUUGUUGAUUAGUGCUGUUAAGAGCGGUAAGCUUACUGUUGAAGACAUUGUUGAACGUUUCCACAAUGCUCCUUCUAAGAUCUUCAACAUUCCAACUCAAGAUGCUGAAGUUGAGAUUGAUUUAGAUAGAAGUAUUGCAUCUACUCCAGCCUUCAUCUCUGACUUGUUUGCCAACAAGUCCUUGACUGGUUCCGUUGAAAGAGUUUCUGUUAACGAUAAGACCGUUUCUUUGAAUGGUAAGAUCACUACUCAAACUGCCAUUGGUAAGCACGGUGUUGAAGCCAGAGACCGUUUUGGAUCUCUUUCAGCUGCUGGCUCCAGUUCUCCAGCUGUUAUCAAAAAGACUAGAUUCUCCUUCUCUGAAGGCCGUCGUCCUUCUUUACUCAAGGACGCUGAACCUGAACCAGCUGAAUUUGAAAAGUUGGGUUCUGAGUUGGUUUCUCAACAACCUCCUAGAGAAUUGGGUGAAAUCAAUGCAUUGGUCGACUACAUCAGACACCAUAACCGUUUCUUAAGAAACUCUAUUUUGAGUGUUAAGCAAAUCUCCCGAAAUGACUUACACUCUUUGUUCACUGUUGCUCAAGAAAUGAGAUUGGCUGUUGAAAGACAAGGAGUCUUGGACAUCUUGAAGGGUAGAGUUCUUACUACUUUGUUCUACGAACCAUCUACCAGAACAUCUUCUUCCUUUGACACUGCUAUGCAAAGAUUGGGUGGUAGAGUUGUCAACGUUGACAGUCUUUCAUCUUCUGUCAAGAAGGGUGAAACCUUACAAGACACUAUUAGAUCAUUGGCUUGUUACUCCGAUGCCAUUGUCUUAAGACAUCCAUCUGAAGAAUCUGCUGAUAUUGCUACCAAGUAUUCACCUGUUCCUAUUAUUAAUGGAGGUAAUGGUUCUAAGGAACACCCUACCCAGGCUCUUUUAGAUUUGUUCACUAUUAGAGAAGAAUUGGGUACUGUGAACGGUAUUGUGGUCACCUUUAUGGGUGACUUGAAGUACGGUAGACCAGUUCACUCCUUGUGUCAAUUAUUCAGACAUUACCAAGUGAGAAUUCAAUUGGUUAGUCCUAAGGAAUUAUCUUUGCCUGCUAGUAUUAAGCAAGAAUUGACUAACUCCGGUAUGUUGAUUGCGGAAUCUGAAGAAUUGACACCUGAUUUAAUUGCCAAAUCAGAUGUGUUGUACUGUACCAGAGUUCAAGAAGAGAGAUUCACUGAUAAACAACAGUACUUGAGAUUAAAGGACACUUAUAUUGUUGAUAACAAGAUCUUGUCUUAUGCCAAGCAACACAUGUGUGUCAUGCACCCAUUACCUAGAUUAAACGAAAUUAGAGAGGAAGUUGACUUUGAUCAAAGAGCUGCUUACUUUAGACAAAUGAGGUACGGUUUGUUUGUUAGAAUGGCUUUAUUGGCUAUGGUUAUCGGUGUUGACUUUUAA